AUGGAUUCUCAACCCAUUGAACAUUUACAGCACACUAUCCUGUCGCAAACAGAGGACGGUCAGAUUACGCAAGCCAUGCCUACUUCGAAUGAAGGCUUGAUUCGCGUCCCGCAUUCACCCAACCCCAACGACUCUGACAGCAUCAGCAUCAGCAUCAACGUCAACAACGACGAGGACAUGGACUCGGAGGACCAGAAUAAAACUCAGUGCGCGUGUUGCGAGACAACCCGCUUGAUCACACGAUCCAGUUCAGUGCCCAACCAUGUUCGUUCUGGCGCCGUGGACAUUGGUUGCUACAAUGUACACAUUCGAGAUGUUACGAAUUGUGGCGGUCUGGUGGUAGCUUCGGUGCAGGUUAAUUCCGGGAUGAGUACUAUUGAAACAGUCACUUUCUUUGGCAUUGUCACCAUCUAUGCCGUGGCUUUAUGCUGGUUGAAGAAAUAA